GUUUCAGAUUCUAACUUUUUCAAGCUGGACGCUGCUGGAGUGGAAAAAAACAGAGAACACAAUAAGCAGAUCUUCCGAUGCGAAGAAAGCAGCCACUACACUUGCUAGACUUCAAAAACAGCAAUGGUGGAAAAUUCGCAAAAUGAUCGAUCACUUCGAAUACUUGUCUCGAGUUUUGACGACAGCAAUCUCUUGAUGGAAAGUGAUCGAUCACCUCGAGCUUUGCCCUGGAGCGCUCAUAAAAAUAGCAAUGUUGAGAAUCUUUCCAAGCGUAUGAUCGAUCACUUCGAGCACCUGCUGGGAGCAGUCUCGAAAGCAACAGUGAGAAAGUAGGAUCUUGGAUUCACCCAGGUUGUGUGAAAAAGUAGUCUCGAACUUGAUUGUAAAGUUGUCCUUGUAAAUCUUUUUUAUUAGAAAGUAGAAUAGUAGUUAAUUAUGAUAAUGGUAGAUAUUUUCCUAGAUAGAAGAAGUAGAGACUUUUUUCAUUUGUCCACAGUAGACAAUUUUUUUGUUCAAAUCUUUCUCUGAUAAGAAUUUGAACUCAGAUUUGAUCUGAUAGCAUUAUUCAUCUGUUUGUUAUUGCUGUCGUUUUUCUGUUCAGUUCUAUAUAUUACUUGUGGCAGGUGAUGAAGAGCUUGUUGAAUUGUUUUGUAUAAGUUUGUUUCCAUAUAGUUUCAAAUUGGUGUUACCUGCUGUUAUUUUUGUUCUUGUUCUG